AUGGCUUUCAAUCACCCAAUUCCUUCUAUACCUCAAUCUGACGCUACUGUAACGGUUCGAAUCAUUGAUACUGGUUCAAGAGCUAGUAUUUCUGCUUCUGAAUUCUUCGAGCCUACCAUACCUGGCCAUGAAGUUCUCGCCAAUUCACCUGCCUAUCCUUUUCUCACCGAACACGGUUCAGGCCGCAACGUCAUAUUUGACCUUGGUAUCCGCAGGGACUGGCGCAACAUUUCUCCAGCGCUGCCCAAGAUGUUCAAGCCAGCAGGCGUAGAGAUUCAUGGAGAUAAGGACGUCGUCGAUGUUCUAGAGGAGGGUGGCGUAAAGAAAGAGGAUAUUAAUGCUGUGAUAUGGAGGGAUCGCCCACUGCGUGGGAUCGACUUCGGCACGGAUGGGGUUUUGAAGCUAAGGCGCUUUAAUGCCUUAGACUAUUUCGAGGAUGGCAGUCUCUACCUGCUCAAUGCGCCACGGCACACUAUAGGACACAUCUGCUCACUGGCUCGCACCACACCAACGACCUUCAUUUUUAUGGGAGGCGACGUCUGUCACCAAUGCGGCGAGUUUCGCCCAACCGAAUACUUACCUAUCCCGACAACCUUAUCUCCAUCCCCCACCACAAACUCUCCGUUUACUCCGAAUAGCCUCUGUCCAGGCUCUGUACUCCGAGCCAUUCACCCUCAGGAGUCAGCCACAAAGCCAUUUUAUAGGGUCAAGGAAGGCCAGCAUCUUCUCCAGGAAUUCGUGGAAACGCAGAAGACACUGGAAAAGAUGACCGAGUUCGACGCUGAUGAGAACGUGCUUGUGGUUAUAGCUCAUGACCGUACCUUGUUGGAUGUCCUAGAGUUCUACCCAGCCAAUGCAAACUCUUGGAAGGAAAAAGGAUGGUGA